AAAAAAAGUAACCAUAAAUACGAAGACUUCGGUUUUGGGUCUUCUUGUUCCUUUUUAUAACUUGAGUUCUUCUGCUCUGCUUCUGUUUUUUUUGUAUUUUGGCUUCUUUUAGUUCAUAUUGAAAAAUGGAAAAUAUUGAGUAUCUGAAUGAGAUCCAAGCCGUUGCGGGGAAGCUAAUCCACAGCUAUGGAGUCCCAGUUAUGAUCACGUUGUUCCUAAGAUGGCUCGCGUCCAUCGUUGCAGUGUCAGUCAUGUCUUUCAUAUUUUAAACAUUUGGAUUUAUGUUUAAUUUUUAAUUUUUUAAUGUUGGUUUACUUCUUUUAUUUGUGUGUAAAGUUUUCUUAUGAUAUUGGAUCAAACGAAAUGGAAGUACUCAAACAAUAUAAUGGCUUCACUAUUAGCUCCUUACCUCUUCUCUAGCCUUCCUAUUGUUAUUUUUCAGGUCUUGAGGAACGGGGUUGGGAAAUGGAUCGCUCUCCUCACCGUUAUUCUCAGGCUUUUUUUACCAAACCAUUUUCAUGAAUCGCUAGAGAUCCCGGGUGCUACAAUUCUUCUUAUUGUGGUUACACCGAGUGACAUAGGGGCAAUAUUCAGAGACGACCUGAGAUAUACGGGAGGUGAUGUGUGCCUUCUCACGAGCUUUUACCUUAUCAAUAAACACACUAAAGCUUGUGGUGGUAUCAAAAACUCAUUCACUCAAAAGGACAAAGUCACUUACAGCAUUUGUUUGUGGAUUCUGUUUGUCUACCCUAUUUUGUCCUCAUUUGCUGCCCUCUUCUACUUAUAAGAACGCAACGAUCUUGCUGAUAUUGUGAUCAGUGGUCUUAUAAGCUGGCGAAAGAUAGAUGGAACCGAGUUCUUAUGCCGAGUUUUGAUACAGAAAGCAACUCCCAAGUUCAGAAUAAUGUUUUUCUAGUAGGAGUAAAAAAAAGAAGUAUACCGAAGUAACUUUGACAACCCAUUUUUUCGAUAUCAGUUCAUAUAUAUGAGAAUUAAGACAGGUAUCUUAAACCUAUAUAUAUGUAAUACAUAUCGAUCUUAGUUUUCUUAAACACAAUUUUCUCAUUUCAAUUUUCAAGUAUUAAAAGUAAAUUAUGAACUCUUUAUAACCUGAACUAAUAAUUUAUCAUUUUCUUACAUAACCAAUAAUUAGGAAGAUCUUGAAUGAUUAUGGAAAAAGAGAUCUAUGGGCCAAGACAACCUUACAUCAUUGAUGAUUGAAAAAUGCUGAUCCUAAAGCUAUAAUGGGAAGUUUCAUGGCAAUGUCAAGUACAAGCUUUUGCCAUUGAAUCUUGGCAACAAAACAACAAUUGAAUCCGACAAAGUAAAAAAGGGUAUCCCACUCCUUGAGAAAUACAAA